CCCGUCAGUGCAAUGUUGUACUAUGGUCUGACUAUAAAAAGCGAUAUUGGUGGCGGUAGCUUAUACUUAAAUUUUGCUAUGAGCGCCCUUGUUGAGAUUCCAGCUGUAUUUGUUGUCUAUUUCCUAAUUGACCGGAUUGGACGCCGAAGAGUAGUUGGAGGCACUUUACUGAUAGCAGGGAUAAGCCUCCUUCUUAACUGGGUUAUUGGUGAAACAGGUUAA